GACGCUGCGGGCGAACCCAUCCAGCUGAUCUUGUCGGACACUCCGGAGGGAAUCAAGCAAGACUUGCUUGGCAAACUUGCCGAGCUGCAGGCUCGCAAGGGCCACAUGGAUGUCACCGCCGACGUGCUGCACGACAAUCAUAUCAAGCAGCUGGGGAUUCACUUCAUGCAGAAGCCCCUCUACCUGGCCCACUUGACGGUUCUGGAGUGCGCCAAGAACAGAAAGGAUAACAUACAAUUGCAGGCGUCAUGGGCCAACCAGGCGUGGGUCACUGAAAUUGAGGCCAUGUUCCAGUUGUUGGAAGAUGAAGAG